UGUUUUUAAACAACGUGCAUCCGGUUGGAAUCAUUCAGUCCAAGAUGGCGGACCUCCUGGGCUCAAUUUUGAGUUCAAUGGAAAAACCUCCAACAGUUGGCGACAAGGAGAGCCGACGAAAGGCCCGAGAACAGGCAGCAAGAAUGAAGAAGAUGCAGGAGGAUGAGAAGAAAAAGAAAGCAGAGUUCAGGAAACGGAUGGAAAAAGAGGUCUCAGAAUUCAUUCAAGACAGUACACAACAGAAGAGGAAGUACAAUCCUAUGGGAAAAAUUGAAAGAAGCAUAUUGCAUGAUGUAGCAGAGGUCGCUGGUCUGACAUCUUUUUCUUUUGGGGAGGACGAGGAGAGCAGAUAUGUCAUGAUUUUUAAGAAGGAGUUUGCCCCGUCGGAUGAUGAGCUGGAGGCUUACCGCAAAGGAGAGGAGUGGGACCCCAAGAAAGCAGAAUACCGACGCAGACUUAAAGAGCAGGCUGCGUUGGAAGAGGAGACCGUCUGUAAAACGCAGAAGAGAGCAGCUUCUCCCAGUUCUAAUUAUCGAGACAAGUACAGCCACCUGAUCGGCACCUCUUCUGCCAAGGAUGCUGCUCAUACACUAGAGGCCAACCAGGCCUACGGCAUGGUACCCGUGGCCAACAAAAGGGACACUCGUUCCAUUGAGCAGGCCAUGAAUGAGAUCCGGGCUAAGAAACGUCAGAAGACGGAGGAUGAAGAUGCAGGAGCGGGGAGCAGUAUCCUGUCCUGAGACUGCGUGCGUGCGUGUGUGUGUGUGUCGUUGCAUGCGUAAGUGACUUACAGGAGAGAACCUUUUGAGGAACACCUCCAGUAUUAACCUCCAGUAGGCCUACUACAUUGACAGAUUCUACAUGUUUGAUGAGACCGAGUGAAUAUAGGGGAAACUCAUGGGUAUGGGUGGACGGUUCUUGAGUUAAGUACACACUAUGUUCUCUUAGACUGGUUGACUAUUUUUAUACUCCAACCAAAUACUUUGGAGGUCUGUCAAGUGCAUUUUCUCGAUUGGCUUUCUUUUUCUGUGUACCCCAGAGUACUGUGAUUUCUUUCACACAAGUGAGUCCCUUUUCUCGGUGAAAGUAAAGGAGUACAACCAUGACGGUAAACAGGUGGUUGCCAACAGUUAAGUGUUUCACUGUUUUUAAGCUUUUAAAUGGAAAACAUGUUUUGCGACAUCUAGUGGCAGUAUGGAGUUAAUGCACUUUUUUUUUAUUAGAAUGUUUUUGUCUUGUUUCUACCCACAUCAUGUCGUCUUUCGGGCUCAUUGUGUUUAAAACCCACAAAUAGAAAGUGAACGGAACCUAUAGACUUAACUAGCCAAUUAAACCACUGCAGCCUGUACUUUACAUGGUAGUUAUCAGCAAACCUCAAGUUGAUAAUGUGGUUUUUGGUGACAUUCAUGGCGAAGUGUCUAAUUUAGAGACUAAACACUGUUUGGCAUCAUGGUUGCUACCUUCAGUAAAUGGACUAGUGCUCUACAAAGUUGUGUGAUCUUGUCUGGUCAAAGUAAGUCUGUGAGUUACAUGGCAGUGUGGAUUUAAGAGUUUCCUAUGCCAUGUGGAUGUCUUUUGUAUACUGUGCCCCCUUGCUCUAUGUAAAGAUGUUGUCCUGAUGACAUCUGGCUGUAGGAAUAACCAUUUUAAUCUGUGUGUUUUAAUAAAAUCUGGACAAAUUAUUAAAAAGCAUUUAUUGUAA